AUGUUAAUAAUUCAGGAUGAUUUGCCAUCACCAUUUUCUGAUUUGAUGAUUAUUAGUUAUGAUGACGAUGAUGAUGAAAAUAUUAAUUCGAAUAAUAAUGGAAAAGAAAGUUUCGUAAUGCUUCAAAAGAAACUGGCAAGGCAUGUUUGUAAUGAGGGAUGUUUUGCUCAUUUGCCAGUCAUUAAUUAUAGACAUUUGUUUGUUGAUUCUCAUCAUGAGUGUUUGGAAGUUGGUCCUAGCCAUAAUCUACUUGAUGAAAAAUGUGAGAAAUCCUAUUCUAAACUGGCUAUUGAAAUUUUGGAUGAGUUUAUAAGAGAAAGCGAUUCAUUUGUUGGAAUAGUGAACAAGAUUCACUUCCUUGAACCAAACUCACUAUAUUUCAGUGAAAACAAUAUUGAUAGAUUGGAUCAAUUUACUAUCGAAUAUAGAAAAUGUGGGAAAAUAUGUCUCUACCACAAAGUGGAUUUAGAUUUUGAUAUUAUCAUUUUAUUAAUUAACAAAUUCGAAUUCCUUUACCUUGGAAAUGCCGACUCUCAAGCAUUUUAUGGAAUGCCAGGAUUGACCUAUUCGAGCUCUCAUAAUUGUGAUGAAAUGUCUUCACUUUUCCCCAAAAAGAUUGCAAAUGAUUCGUUUGAUCCUAUUCCAUUAGACAAAUUAUUACUUGAAGCAAAGAAUUAUUUUCAAUUUGUAUUAUAUUAA